CGUAUCUGGAUGUUUGCUAAUUGUGACCAGAAAGCACAAACAGUCUAAUAUGGAGUCAGCUGAUGGAGCAGGGCGAGGAGGUUGGAAGUUCAAGUCCGCCCAAAAGAGCAAGACCAAUGUCAACAUUCUACGUCAAGAGGAGUUAAUAGCACAGAAGAAACGGGAAAUUGAAGCAAAGAUGGCAGAACAGGCCAAGAAGAACCUUGCUACCCCUAGCAAGCCGUUGCCAGAAAGCCCAAGCCCGCAAGGAUCAACAUCAAACAAAUUUGUGAAUGACGGCAGCUUCCUCCAACAGUUCCUGAAAAUGCAGAAGGAGAAAUCAAGCACAAACUCAGCCCCCAACAGCGAUGCCCAAAGCGGCGCUCCUUCCACGCAGACUCCACCCUCCAGUGCCCCUCAGAAGAAGAGUAUUCUCAUUGGCAAACGGCCAGGCCUGGGCAUCAGCAGCAUGAUCAGUCAAUUUAAGAAUUACUCCCAAACCAAGAAAACACCUGUUCAAUCUUCUAGACCCAGUAUCUUCUGUUCCCCUGAUGAUGAAGAGGAAGAGAGCGAGGACUCACACUUUCUGGAGGUUAAAGUUUCCCCCCCAGAGGACGAAGAAUUGCGACUCAUUUUGGACAAGUUGGCUGCUUUUGUAGCGGAAGGGGGACCUGAGCUGGAGAGGAAAGCUAUGGAGGAGUACAAAGACAACCCAGUCUUCUCGUUCUUGUUUGAAAAGAACAGCCGGGAAUAUCUGUUCUAUCGGAAGAGAGUGGCUGAAAUAAGAAAAGAGAACCUGAAAUCUGAUACAGCUACACAGGAUAAUGUCUCCUCCCCAGUGGACGAGGAAACCAGGAAAGUGGCAGAGAAGCUGGCCCGAUUUGUGGCUGAUGGCGGCCCGGAGGUGGAGGCCAUCGCUGCCCAGAACAAUCGUGACAACCCCAUGUUCAGCUUUUUGUAUGAUCAGCAAAGCCCAGGUCACUUCUUCUACAAGGACAAAUUGGAAGAAUUUCGCAGAGCCAAAAACGGCCAGAGCUCCUCUUCUCCAGGCAGCCAGCCGGGACUGGCGUCCAAACGCCCGGCUACAUCACCUCUGACCCUACACGCUUCCUCAACCCCCACACAGCACCCCCACUUUACAGACUCCCCAGUCUCUCAGUCACAGGAAGCAACCGCCACCUCUGCCAAGAAAAAGAGGAAGAGUCGGUGGGGGGCAGAGGACGACAGAGUGGAGAUACCCGUUCCACCGAUUGUCGCCCCCCAGUCACCGACAGCUGAGCCUGACGUGCCCUCUCUCUCUGCUCAGGAGCUGAGGGGUCUGGGCUAUAAGAAGGGCAAGCCCGUGGGUUUGGUCGGAGUGACAGAGCUGUCAGAGGAUCAAAAGAAGCAGCUGAAGGAGCAGCAGGAAAUGCAGGAGAUGUUUGAUAUGAUCAUGAAGCAUAAGAAGGCCAUGCAGGAGAUGCAGCUUAUGUGGGAGAAAGCCAUCAGGGACCACCAGCAUGAGUACGACAGUGACGAGGAAGUGGACUCCCAGGCGGGGACCUGGGAACACAGACUCAGGAGAAUGGAGAUGGAGAAGACGCGAGAAUGGGCGGAGCAGUUGACUGAGAUGGGUAAAGGGAAGCAUUUCAUCGGUGACUUCCUGCCCCCUGAUGAACUGGAAAAGUUCAUGGAGACCUUCAAGGCACUAAAGGAAGGUCGUGAUCCAGACUACUCUGAGUAUAAGGAGUUUAAACUGACAGUGGAGAACAUUGGUUUCCAGAUGUUGAUGAAGAUGGGUUGGAAAGAGGGAGAAGGCCUGGGCUCUGAAGGACAGGGUAUUAAGAAUCCAGUCAACAAGGGUACAACAGCAGUGGAUGGCGCGGGGUUCGGAGUUGACAGACCAGCGGAACUCUCAAAAAAUGAUGAUGAAUAUGAUGCUUUCCGUAAAAGAAUGAUGCUGGCUUACCGUUUCCGACCCAACCCUCUGAACAAUCCAAGGAGACCAUACUACUGAUGGUGUCAACAGAUAUGCCACAGCUACAUCGUCUGACCCGUUUUACCUUUGGCCUUUCAAAGCGUUACAAUGACACGUUCUUGGAACUUUUCGUUGA